UAAUUGGCAAAAAAUAAAUACACAGAAGAAAAAGAUAGCGGAAGAUGGCGAACGCCUACUUGAAAUAACAAGCGCCUGUUGUCAUAAUGCUGCUAUUAUAAGGUUUUGUCCAACAGUGAGGUCGUGAACGCCUCAGUGUUUGGGACGGACACAACAUGAUCACAUACUGUGACAAUUAAGUGAAUUUAUAAGACAUGCCGUAGUGCCUUAACACCAAGUGGAAAUAUAAUUUAAACUAUAAAACCAAGGAUUCUUCACACGUCAGGAGUGAAAGACACUUUAUUUUUUUCUUUUUAAAUCAAACAACUCUUCCUGUUUAAACCAAGUCCUCAUCAACGAGCCGUCUUCCCGUCCACCAUGGUGGAUAAUCGUUAUGCCACAGCUCUGGUCAUCGGCUCGGUGCUGAGCCUGCUGGCCACAGUGUACCUCUCCGCGGCUGUGGGGACUCAGCACUGGUACCAGUACAGCAAUCCUCUAGUCAACCAGAAAGGCAACGCCUCGGAGCUCCUCAACGGAGAGUUUGAUGAGAACGCCUACAGCAACCUCAUGUACCUUCACAACGGCACGCUCGGUCUGUGGUGGUGGUGCUGCGUCCUGGUCCGCAGCGAGUCACACUGGUUCAACGACCCAGCCCCCAAGAUGGAGACCCACUGUGUGAGCUUCUCUCUCUCCCAGCAGUUUGCCUCAAAGUACAAACGCCCUGGAAAUAACAGUGAAGAAGAUCUGCUGAGAACAUACUUGUGGAGGUGCCAGUUUCUCCUGCCCUUGGUGUCACUGGGUCUGGUGUUCCUCAGCGGCCUCGUUGGGGUCUGCGCCUGUCUGUGCCGAAGCUUCACGCCCACCAUGGUUGUGGGAAUUCUCCAUCUUCUUGCAGGUCUUUGUUCUCUGGGCACCGUCUGCUGUUUCCUGGCGGGAGUGGAUUUGCUCCACCAGUUCUCCCCACCACCAGACGGGGUGGAGAGCUCAUUGGGCUGGUCUCUCUACCUCGCCCUCAUCUCCUUCCCUCUGCAGAUGAUGGCAGCUGCUCUGUUCCUGUGGGCGGCCAGGAGCCACCGCAAGAAUUACACCCGCAUGACUGCGUACCGGGUGGCGUAAACUAGACAUUCUGCUCUGAAAAUAAUACACUUUAACAUAUCCUAAAGACUUAAUAACAUUUUGGCUUCUGUUUAAGAGGGGAUGCAAAUGGGCGAGGGGCGCUAACUGCGACUUUUUUACCUCCUAUCUAAGUCUUUUAAAAAUAAGUCCAUAGUAUCACAGUCCUAUAGAAACAAAUAAACUAAACAAACCUGCAGCUAAUCACCGUCAGUACUGACAUCUUUGCGCGGUGUUAUCCCACUCUGCUUUUUAGCACCUCUAACCUGUAUCCGUAUCAAAAGCAUGCUCUUAGUGUAUUUAACAUCCAGAUGUUAUAGAUCAUUUGUGAUUUCUGGUGUGUCUCUGUGCAGUAUUUCAUUGCCUUCUCUUCGUUUGCCACUGCUUCCAAAGCUGCUCACCACAUUGCCCUUAACUCAUAUCUGCGUCAUAAAAGCACUGUCACAAAUUUCAGACCUGGAGUUGUCGAAGUCCAAGUAGCUUUCUAUAUUAGUGCAUGAAAAAACAUUAAAGGAGCCUUUUUUAAGUUUAUUACUGACAGAUUCUUUAUUUGUGUUUGUGUGUUUGCUCUGAUAUUUGCAUAAUCUUAAAUAUCAAGCCUUUUCUGUGCAUGCCUUUCAAGCUGACAUUUCCACCAUCUGUGGUAAUUGUUGAUUUCCGUCUGGUCGCCUAAAUGUCUCAAAAUGCCACUCGUCUAGAAGGUAACCACUCAUCUUCCAUUGUCACCUGUGUCCAUGGAUCUAAUGUGUAUGAACGUGAUUCAUUUGAAUGUUGAAAAUCGGAAUUGAUUUGAAACCACUCGAGGAAACCUGUGACCUUUAGCCCAAAAUUGACACUACUGCCAUUUUACAUUUGUAAUAGAGAAGUUUUACUGUUUAAAAGUAUAUAAAUGUGUUUGUUGUUGUGGUCGCAGCCAGUUCAGACUCUCAGAGUCUUUUGAAGUCUUGACUGACUUGUUUGAAAAGUUGGAUCGGUUUUAGCCUUUCAAAAGCUGAUACUUAAAUACAUUUUGAAUCAUAAUUAUGACAUUUGGAGAAAAAAAAAAUCCUUAAAUGCACAAUAUUCUCUUAAGUCUCGACACUUUUAACAUUAGUGUGGAAAGAUUUCUACUUUUUGUGCGCGUUGAAUUCUAAAAUGACCCAUUUCGUAGCACAAAAUACAAAUUGUGAUGUUUUUGUGUCACAAUGUUGGUGUAUACACACCUGGUGUAUACGCACCAGCUUUUAUAAAUGUUUUUAUGUAUUCGGAAAGUACACUGUACGACACCUUGUGUUCAUAAAUUUGACAUUUGAUGACUUUAA